AUAAUACUGUAACAGAGAAGGACAUAUCAGAUGUAAUUCAGGCCCAUAACGACUACCGUGCUACAGUUGCACUUCGUCAGCUUGAUGAUCAACCUCCAGCUCAGAAUAUGCAGGAAAUGACAUGGGAUAACAAACUGGCUGAGAGAGCACAAUAUUGGGCCGAUCAGUGCAACUUUAAGCAUGAUGAAAAUAGAGAGAAAAAAACUGGACAGAAUUUGUAUAUUAUCUACUAUGGUGGAUCACAUGCAGAGCGACAACAUAACUUCACUGCAGCCAUAAAAAGCUGGUACGAUGAGAAUCAAUACUACAAAUAUAAGAAGCUUCAGAAAGGAGACUCCCGUGAUCCAAGAACUCAAACUGGUCAUUAUACUCAGGUGGUGUGGGCCAAUACUAACAAAGUUGGAUGUGGAUUUGCCAGCUACUAUCACACUGGAAAGAAACAAGACCAAAUACUCUAUGUGUGCAAUUAUGCGCCAGCAGGAAAUUACGAAGGAGAGUACCCAUACAUAAAAGGAGAACCUAAUUGUGAAGGAAAUGGAAUGUCCAACAGCGACAUCGAUGGGCUCUGUAAGAAAUAGGAAAAUUGAAAAUUUUUUCACAGUGAUUGGAAGAUUGAACUAUGAGUCUGAAGAUAUGAUCUGGAUGAAUAUCAAAUUUAGAAGAAAAACUAUCAAGUAAUUUUGCACUCUUCAAAACCAAAAAAUAGCAAUAUAGGCUACUAAAUUACUGCCUUUGCUUCCAUAAUAUGGAAGCAAAUAUUCCAUAAUAUAAUAGAUAUUAUCUAUAAUACUAGCCUAUUUCAAGUUAACUCAAUGCAUGUUGUUUAUCUUGUUUAUGCAAGUAUUAUAAUUACCUAUAUGUUAAAUAGAAAGUACCCUUUUUGAAUUAUUCAAUCACAACAUGUUCCAACAUUGAUGCCAUUUUAACUUGAAAAAUAAUUCAAAAAGGGUACUGAGAUUUUUCUUUUUCUUUAUAUUUAUAUUACAAGUAGCCCUAUACAGAAAAGAGAUAAAUAAGAUGGCAUAUCUACCUAUAUGUUAUAUGCUACUGGAUAAUAUUCGAAUAAAUACAGUAUAUAUUUUAUAAUUGCUUUAAAAUGAUGUACCUCGAUGGAAAUAAAUACAGUAUAAUUAUGAUACUGCAAUACUGCACACAUAUGCUUUACUAUGAAUGCAUUACCUAGGUAUCGUUUGAAGAUUUUCUUCUGAUAAUUAUAGCCUGUAUCAUAGCCUACUAUAGAUAGAGUAAAGUAAGCUCUGCCUGUAUGCAUCUGAUUUUGUAGCCUUCAUGUGAUUAAAUAAAAUGAUUUCUCAGCAUUCA